AUGUCGCUUUCUCUGGCCCAAGGACGUCUGUUUGGGGCGCUGUUUGAGUCGAUGCUCUUUGGCAUCAACUUUAUCUUGUUUCUGGCGCUAGGCUACUUGACGUUCAGAAGGGAGGGUCCCGGGCAGCGUCGCGUGGUGUCCCCACAACAUGCGGCUGGGUUUGGAGUAGUAACCGCUGUGUUUGUGCUCUGUGCAGCCCACUUGGCAGCCGUUAUGCGCCAGCUUUACGUUGCAUUCUUCGUCUCUGACCUGCCGCCCGACGUCUUCUACCUCGACCACACCCAGCCGACCGACCUGAUCCAGAAAUCCGUCUAUGCAGCAGCGACGGCUCUCGCUGACGGCAUCCUCAUUUACCGCGCAUAUAUCAUCUUUGACCAACGCUGGCCCGCAAUCCUGGCUCCCACAUUAACGCUUUGCGCGACAGUGGGCCUCUGGGCUGCGCUCAUCCGCGAGUACCGUGUGUCCCCGCCUGGAACAAUUCUUUUCCCGCCGCCAGUCAAGCGCCUCGUCGUGCUAUCCUACACCAUGUCCUUCAUCACCAACACCAUCAUAACCACCAUGAUCACCGUCCGCCUCUGGCUCGUCAUCCGCCGCUUCCGCAAUAUGCAACACCAGAAAUUCGCCUCCCACAUGAAGCUCUUCCUCGCGCCGUUUGUAGAGUCUGGCGUCAUAUACCCCCUCGCGCUCCUCAUCAACGCCAUCUUUCUGGCGACCAAGAACAACGGUCUGGAGAUUCUGUCCGGGUCGACAACGCAGAUUCUGGGGAUAGUCCCACUGAUGCUAACGCUGCAAUUGCGCCUGAAUCUCAGCACAUAUGAGGACGAGACAACAGCAACGAGGAGGACAUCAACCACAGCCAACGUCGAUGUUGUGCGCUCCUCUGUACACUUUCGGCAUGGUGGUCAACCAGAAACGGUGUCGCUCGAUAUGUCCGAUUUAGAUUCAGAUACUCGUGCAGGUAGCAGUACCAAAUACACAUCAAGUUCUGGAUGA